ACAACAAGUGCUGCGAGAAUUUACAGCUGUAGGACCCCAUUACCACCAACGUUGAAGAACAUCUUCAGGGAGAACGGAGGUGAGAUCAAAUGGAGAUCUGGACCUGUACCAAGGAGUGCAGACCCUGCAGUGGUAAAUAGGACUCCCCUGUUGCUCAGAAAAGUGUUGCUAAGAACAAGGAGGGCAUGGAGGCUGCGUUGCUGCCUGCCUGGUCCCAGACACUGGUGACCUUCAAGGACGUGCUUGUGGACUUCACGAGGGAGGAGUGGCAGCUGCUAGACGCAGCUCAGCAGGUCAUGUACAAAGACGUGACACUGGAGAACUACAGGAACCUGGCGUCCCUGGGGCACCACCUUCCUAAACCAGAGGUGAUUCUGCAGUUGGAGAAAGGGGAAGAGCCCUGGCUGGUGGAGAGGGCAGCUCACCAAGAGGCGCACCCAGAUUUGGAGACUACAGUUGAAAUUAAGUCGCCAGUUUCCAGUAAGAGUAUUUCUAAAGAUAAAAAAUCCUUUGGCAUUAAAGUGGAAGGAAUGGCAAGGAAUGAUCUCUGGUAUCUGUCACUAGAAGAUGUGUGGAAACGUGAAGACCAAUUGGGCAAAUAUCAGGAGAACCAAGAGAGACAUUUGAGGCAAGUGGCCUUCACCCCAAAGAAAGCCUUUUCUCCAGGCAGGGUCUGUGAGAGUGGUAAGUACGAGGGCAGCUGCCUCCUUCCUGCUCAGCUGGUGCUGAGAGAGUAUUUCCACAAACGGGGCUCAGAUGCCAGAAGCGCGAAACAUGACUUGGCAUUUAGGGGGCAUCAGGAGCACUGCACAGGUGGCAGUGGCCAGUGUGGCCAGGCUUUCUGCAAAAACAUCCAUCUGAUUGAGUUUGCGAGAACUCACCCGGGGGGCGAACCCUGCAAGUGUCCUGCUGGCAGCAAUCCUCUGGCUCCUGGGGCGUCCCUCCGCAUGUCUCCAGGCUCACGCAGGGAGAAGCCCUAUGAGUGUAAGGAGUGUGGGAAAUUCUUCAGCUGGCGCUCCAACCUGACCAGGCACCAGCUCAUUCACACUGGAGAGAAGCCCUUUGAAUGUAAGGAGUGUGGAAAGUCCUUCAGUCGGAGUUCCCACCUUAUUGGGCAUCAGAAGACUCACACUGGGGAGGAGCCCUAUGAGUGUAAAGAGUGUGGUAAGUCCUUCAGCUGGUUCUCCCACCUGGUCACCCACCAGAGGACACACACUGGGGACAAACUGUACACAUGUGGUCAGUGUGGGAAGUCCUUUGUCCACAGCUCCAGGCUCAUUCGACACCAGAGGACGCACACAGGAGAGAAGCCCUAUGAGUGCCCUGAAUGUGGGAAGGCCUUCCGACAGAGCACGCACCUCAUCCUGCACCAGAGGACUCAUGUCCGAGUGCGGCCCUACGAGUGCAGUGAGUGCGGCAAGUCCUACAGCCAGAGGUCCCACCUGGUGGUGCACCACCGGAUCCACACUGGACUCAAGCCUUUCGAGUGCAAGGACUGUGGGAAGUGUUUUGGUCGCAGCUCACACCUCUUCUCACAUCAGAGGACACACACUGGAGAGAAGCCUUAUGAGUGUCACGACUGUGGAAAGUCCUUCAGCCAGAGCUCUGCCCUCAUUGUGCACCAGAGGAUCCACACUGGGGAGAAGCCCUACGAGUGCCGGUGUGGGAAGGCCUUCAUCCGCAAGAACGACCUCAUGAAGCACCAGAAGACCCAUGCUGGAGAGGGGGCCUACAGGUGUCAGCGGUGCGGCCUCACUCUCGGCCAGCACUCUCCGUUUGUCGUCCAUCAGAUAGCACAUACCGGGGAGCAGUUCUUCACCUGCCGUCGCUGUGGGACUGCGCUCGCGGGCAGCUCUACCCUUACUCGCAUUCCAGACAAGGCAUACUAGAGGAGCAUGUGCUGACGUGAUGACGGUAGGCAUCCUUCUCCAAGAGCAGGGACGGCAUUUUGCUUUGGAGAACACCUGGAGAGAAGCUGUACAAAUGAAUAUGUGCAGAGCGGGUACAGUGGCCAGGCCCGUGAUCCUGGCUACUCUGGAUGCUGAGGCAAAAGGAUUGCAAGUUCAAGACCAGCCUCAGCAACAGCAUGACCCUUUCUCAAAAUAAAAAAUAACUAAAAAGGGAUGGGGUUGCAGCUCAGUGGUAGAGCACCUUUAGGUUCAAUACCUGGUACCACCAAAAAAAAAAAAAUUGGUCCUGGAGUAGGAAAACGUCCACCAAUUUCAUUUCAGUACACAAGUCGACUUUUCUGGAGCAUUGUCGACCAAACCCUAAGUGCUGGCCUAGGAGGAGCUGUGAGGGGAGUUGUUGGGGAUGAUCCAGCUUCAUCACUGUCUUCAGAAAGAGAAGAGAUGAGCGGGGCUGUGUAGGGAGGGUCUUUCUAGAAGGAGAGCCGCCAUGCUGCUGCACUGAGCUGGAAGGAUGCACUCCUGUGCGCCAGGGUGCUGCUCACCACGUGCUGUCUCUGGACCCUCAGUGGUGCUCCCUAAGGUUGGUGUCUUGGCUGGGCCACAUUUUGGUUAGCAGCCAGGAAAAUGCCUCUCAUGUCAAACAAUAAAGAACACAUUUACACUA